AUGGCCAUGUCUGCUUUUGAUCUGACAAACCAGAGCAUGCAGUAUACAGAGCCCGAGAUAGGCUGUAUCGCCCCACGGAUGCAACUGAGGGAUGAAACAUUUGUCUUUGUUGAUGGUAAAUGGGUGAAUGAGAUCUACUGCCAGCCACCCUUUGCUUCCCACCGGAAACUCCUUAGCAAGAAGGCCCAGAAUGAGUGGAGCAUCUGGGAGGAGAACAGAGCUAUCUGGGAAGAAAAUAAAGUCCUCCGGAUUGAGAACAGGAUGCUCUGGGAAGAAAUCAAGGCUCUACAAUGUCUCCAGUCACAGAACAAAGCCAUCCAGGUUAGUUACACUGAUGCCAUUCAGCAAAGCCUCCAGAAGGAAAAUAACCCAUUGCCAUUCUUCCAAGAGAGGAGCAUAGGCUUUCUGGUCAGCCCAGGCAACAAAAUUCUCCAGGCUAUCCAGGAAAAGAAGAGAUUCUUAGAGGAUUUCCAUCAGGAGAAUAAAACAGUCCCCAUCAUCUGCAAAGACCAAGAAGUUGUCACAGUUCGUGAAGAGAGCAAAGAUGCCAGCUCAGAUCUUCAGGAGGACACUGACUCCACCACAGAUGCAGAAGAAGGUAACCCUGGCCCAGGCCCCCAGCAGGAACAUGAAGAUAAAGAGGAGACCACAAUUCCGACCCAGAAUAAGAUCAAGUCUUCCCCGAGCAUGCAGGGUGAGCAUGAAAUCAUCCGGGCUCUCCAGGACUUAUACGAACUCCUCCACGUCUUCCUGAAAGUGAACAAUCUCCUUGGGGAGAAGCAGGGCUGUCACAUUCUCUAUGAUGUGAACAGAUCCUUCCAAGAAGACCAUAUUAAAUUGAAGCUACAGCUGAAUUCUGUGAAAAACACUGUGUCGGACAUUAGGGCUCAAAUGGAAAUGUUGGAAGAGGAGCUCAUUGCCAUCACCUCCCCAGUGUACGAAGAAGCUGGCAACUGA